UUCUUGAAAAUUAUAAUAUGUCAUGUCAAACUGUGGCGAAGAAAAAUAAUGUUGGUUGAUAUAAAUCUUAACAUGGAGUACUGUAUUAAGAUAGGUCUGUUCUAACGUGAAAAUCAGCAGUUUACGGGAAUGAGCUUAGACAAUACAGGGCAGUUGCCACCAGUUUCAUCAGUGCUGGGACUGGGUGGAGCAUUUCAGAAAGGUUUGGUGUUUCUUCUAAAUCUGGCAUGGAAAUCUCGCUUUCGCCUUCCAGUUCUGAUUACAGUGGGAUUUAUGGUUCUUGAUGUGAGAAUGCAGCUCGAGAUAAAUUUGGACCUAGAGGUAGCGCAUGUACAUAACCAAGAUGAUGGAGAUGACGACGAAGAAGUUGAUGAUGGGGACGAUGAUGAUGAGGAUGAUGAUAGUGAUAGUGAUAGUGAUGAAGAAAAGGAAGGUGUUGAUAGCAACGCCUGUGGCACCAGUUACCCCAGCGCUGUUGAAAGUAAAGUAGAAAUGGAAUCGAAACUUCAGUUGGAGUGAAGGCUGCAGUGUGAGCACUCGGGUUAAAUAUUUAAAUUGUUGCUGAAGUGUACAAAUGCCAAUUUCGUGUAUGAAGCACUUUUGGACUGAAAAGAUACACAAACAAUGUGGGUGACUCCCACAGGUCUGUCUUAUUGAUGUUUGAAUGUGCUCCUGAAGUGGGAAGCCAUACAACAUAUAACGUGAUCAAGUAGCAUACGUUUCAAUGCUGUAGUUUGCUAUUUUAUUUUUAUAAUGUGUGUGUGUGUAUUAAAUAUUGCACUUCAUAAUACUUUCAUAGGUUAUACCAAAGUAUUGUUAAAAAUCAAAGGUGAAAUGUGUUUGUAACAUACAAUUGACAGCUGCAUGCUAAUGUAUAAUCAUUUAAUCAUGCAUAAUAUGCUGUAAAACAUGAAUAUUUGUUAAUGUGUGGUUUAUAAAUUAUUUAAACCAGCUGA